GACUUUUCUUAUGGCAUCCUUCAGCAUUAUCUUCCCCACUGACGUCGCUGCAGCAUAUGCGACUAGCGCGAUCCCGGGAAUCACAGUGUGCUAUCAGAGUUCCAGUACUUCAUACCAUUUCUUCUCCUUUCCGUGUUCGAAUUGGGUGUUCUCCUCAGGACUCAUAAUACUCACACUCAUAUGCGCCAUGCAGAACUGGCAGAUAAACUCAAGCCAUCUGUACGUUGUCCUGGUGAACUAUAACAUAUUCUAUUAUGCAUGCGGUUUUCUGUUUUCGGUAACGAACAUUAUUACACCGCUGCUGUUCCAGGACUCCUACCAGACCAUUUUGAAUAGUGUCCAGUCCAUCAUGCUUGCAAUUCUUGCCACACGCAAGCACCUCCAUCUCUGGCAGGUGAACCGACAUCCACGCGGCUCUACUAGUGCCCUCGUGCAUAUUCCAAUGUCCGACAUCUCAUUUGCAAAUCCCACGGUGUGAUGUCUUAUUCUGUGACUUAUUCUGUGUCGUUCGUGGAGCGAGGCUU